ACACCGCCCACCUCGGCUCUCAGCUACAGCUUUGUCAGGCAGAAAACUUCCUGAAUGAGACACAAACCACAACAAGAGGGGACAUAGGAGCAAACAACUGAAGCGCCUGCAUGUCCUUGUCUGCUCCCAUUCUGUCAGCCUGCAUGAAUGAUUGAAUGAGGUGAAACUGGCAUCAGUGGACAAGCACAUACACAAAGGGCCAUUGAUUGGUCAAGGAUGUCCAUGGAAGACAUGAAGAUUGAAGCUGACACCGCCUCAAUCGUCUCUAUGGCUCUCUACAGUGUGAUGUUUCCUGUCUUUAAUCAGCUGGAGAAAGUCAACUCAUCAGCAGCACAGACCUUGAGAGAAGCCGUUAUAAAGGCAGAGAAGGAGAGCCCAGGUCUAACCCAGGACAUUGUUAUGAAAAUACUGGAGAAGAAGAAUGUGAAAAUCAACUAUAAUGAGUCUCUACUUCGCAUGGCUGCAGAGGAUGUGGAUGAGUUUGUGAUUGACAGGCGAGAGCCAGAGUUCCAGGAGCUGAACGAGAGGGCCCAAUCUCUGAAACACAUCCUCAGCACCAUACCAGAUGAGAUCAAUGACAGAGUGGGCUUCCUACAGACCAUCAAAGACAUUGCCAGUGCAAUCAAGGAGCUGCUAGACACAGUUAAUACCGUCUUCAGGAAAUACCAGUAUCAGAAUAAACGGGCACUGGAACAGCAGAAGAAAGAGUUUGUGAAAUACUCUAAGAGCUUCAGUAUCACUCUGAAAACCUACUUCGGAGAUGGAAAAGUGAUAAACGUGUUUGUCAGCGCCAACCGGCUCUGCCACCAAACCAACAUGAUACUGCAGGCCUUCAAGACUGUGGGGUAGCAACUCGAGAGGACACACACACUCACACACACACACACAUGUUUUCAUAAGAGAAUAGGGGAUAUGAGGCUUUGUAAUUUAUAAAGACAUUGUAUUAUUUUGGGCUGUAUAAUUUAUAAUUCUGUGGCUUUGAGGGGAGAUCAGGUAGUUUGAGGUUCAAAGCGAAUCAGGUUGACAGUAAUUGCCAGGGAUUUUUAACUCUCUUUUAUGUUGCUCUUUUAUCAGAUUCUUAAGUCGAUAUUUCUUCGUUCCUUUAUAUAUUUCCCUCUCUGUUAAGUGCUGUGUGGUUCUAAAAAAGUUUAGGGAAAAUGUGAUUAUUUCCCAUGUCCUUAAAAGUUUUGCGAUUGCACAGGUCUGAAAAAGUACAAUGAAAAAAAGUGGCAUUGAGUUUCCAAACACAUUCUCACAUUUUUACACUUUCACUUUCCUUUUAUUGUCACUUUUUUAUUGUAAAAAAUAAUCUUGAUCUAUAUGGUGGAAUCAUGUACCUGGCACUGAUACCCUGCUACUAUCAGCAUUCAUCAUGUUCGACUGAAAGCUAAUAGGUUCAAAUCCUGUAUGGGAAACCAAUGUCUGGAGAAAUGUUUGGGAAUUCGAAAUGGAGGCUGCAUUCACUGUCUGCUUUCUUUGCCCUGCACUGAUCUAGUGUUUA